GAUGUGACUUCGUUUCUUUUCCCUUAGGAGUUUCUUGUUUUCAAUGAAGUGUGCAGUUUCUUGAUUUCUUUUCGAGUUUUAGCUUUUUAGCAUCCUCAUCCAUUGGUAAUUGCUGUUGCUGUUUGAAUAUAAUAUUUAGCAAAGUAAUUACUACGAAUAGUAUAAUUUUUGACUUGUUACCUAACCCAUCUCUACCCCUCUCCCAUCAUCAUGGAGACACCAUGGUAUUGCAAAAUUGAGUUAGAUCGAAGAAUCGAAGUUUUAUCAAUCAUUUAAGCAAUACUAGUAUGUACCUACAUGGAGAGUAAUUGUGUAGAGGGAAAUCAUUUUUGACUACAAAUCAACUCAUUGGUGAACAGAUUUGUUUUCUCAUUAUAAUAUUAGGUUAGUAUCCAGCAAUCAUGACGUAGAUUACCAGAAUAUCACAUAAUAAGUGUGAUAUUAUAACACCAUGGAUGGGUCCGUAAAGUGAGAUGUAAAUGGCCUGGGGCCAUGCCGAGGCCUGUCCACUGUUCACUCGGGCGCCAGAAAUACCGUGUCACAAUUCCACAGAACACUGAGUUUGAUUGGAUGUCUCAGGGUGGAAAUAUUGGCAUCACAAGUAUUGAAUAAGAUGGCCGAUAGUCAUGGAAAGUCAAGAUCAAAGAAAUCCUGGAAACAUAAACAUAAAGAUGAUAAAAAGUACAGAUCAACCAGAACAUCUUCUCACUCUAGACAUUAUCUUAAUGAUGAAUGUGAAGUGAAAACACCACCAUUACCAACCAAUGAUAAAAAAGCUUUAGAGGAUCUGCUAAAAAAAAGAGAAGACUUAAAAAAAGAGUUGAGUAAAAUAAAUAAUUCAAAUGAUACUGUGCAUUCCAAACAAAAGGAUGAAAUUAAUAAUAUUGAUAGUGAUAACACAAAAGAUAAAGUAGACAACUCUAGAAAAAGGCAUGCUGAAAAUGAAAAAUCGAAGGUUAAUAAAACUGAACCUAAACAAGCAGUACCUGAUGUUGAAACUCUAGACUCUGAUGAUGAGCAGAACAUUAUAGAACAAAGACGAAAACUACGAAAAAAACUGAUUGAAAAGCUUAUAUCCAACAAUAAAAACAUAGCUACUGAUAAUAAUGGCAAAGAAAAAAACCAUUCUAACAAUAAAGAAGUAACGAACUCUAAAAGUUUAGUGACAAAUAUGCAGAAUAAUAAUGAUAAUACUACAGACAUGUUUUCAGAAAAAGAUGAAUUUAAUAUUUUUAAUACUGCACCAGAUAAUGUCACACAAGAGAAUACCAACAACACUCAGCUGUCUGAUAACUGGGAUGAUGCAGAAGGAUACUAUAUUAUGAGGGUUGGAGAUGUUCUAAAUAGUAGAUAUACAGUAAAAAAUAUUUUAGGCCAAGGCAUGUUUGCUAAUGUUGUCCAUGCAAUUGAUAAAGUAAAAGGCAACUGUGAUGUGGCAAUAAAAAUUGCAAGAAACAAUGACAUGAUGUACAGAAAUGCUAUCAAAGAAAUAUCCAUGCUCAAAGAAAUAAACAAUGCUGAUCCUGAUAAUAAACACCACUGUGUAAGACUUCUCAGGCACUUUAUCCAUAAAGGGCACUUAUGUAUUGUUUUGGAGUCAUUGAGUAUGGAUUUGCGAAGUGUCCUAAAGAAAUACGGGAAAAGCAAUGGGCUCAAUAUGAAAGCAAUCAUCAGUUAUAGUCGGCAGUUACUCAUAGCACUGAGACAUUUAAAGAAUGUUGGCAUAGUGCAUGCUGAUGUGAAGCCUGACAACAUUUUGGUUAAUGAGAAGAAGAAUAUUCUGAAACUAUGUGACUUCGGAUCUGCUGAAAAGGUUAAUGAAAAUGAUUUAAAACCGUACUUGGUUUCUCGUUUCUACCGUGCGCCAGAAAUAAUAUUGGGCAUUCGUUACGGGCACGGCAUCGACUUGUGGUCAGCGGGAUGCACCAUGUAUGAGACAGCCACAGGAAGGAUCAUGUUUGUGGGGGGAUCCAAUAACAAAAUGCUAAAGUGCUUCAUGGAUGUCAAAGGAAAAAUACCCAACAAAAUGAUAAAGAAGGGUAAAUUUAAAGACCAACAUUUCAAUUACAAUAACAAUUUUCUCCUCCACAAAAAAGAUGAAGUGACCGGUAGAGAUAAAGUAGCAGAAAUGUGCAUCACUAAUCCUACAAGGAACUUGCAAGAAGAGUUGAAGAAGUAUUGUAAAAACUUGGAAGCUAAAGAUGAGAAAAAACUGGUACAACUAAAAGAUUUAUUGGACAAGGUACUUAUGUUAGACCCAAAUCAAAGGCUUUCCAUUGUGGAUUGUCUAAAACAUCCAUUCCUUCAAGACGAAGCAUAAAUAAAUUCUAAAUAAAUUAACGUUUAUGGUUACUGAA